AUGGUGCCUUCACCGGCUCUUGUCGGAACCCCAUCUGUGUUUCCACACCAUCAGUCUACUUCAUUCUUUCAAGAAACUGCAAGUUUCUUCAAUCUAGACUGGGAGCGAUUAUGGCAUUCCCGCUCAAACACAAACUCAACGUCUUCACCACGCAACUCCCCGUCACAGUUGUCUCCACCGAUGGCAGCCACGGCAGCGUUGCGUCGCAGUUCAGAUUACGGAUCCGCAGACACCGAGUGUGGCGAGCCGUGCGAGACUGGAGACCCCAUCCCAAUCAAUGAAGUCGAUUUGCUUGCCAAGAUGGAACAGCUAAACAAAUCAAAUGAGGAAGAUUCGCGAAGUGUGGCCUCCAAAAAGACAGGAUCCAGUGGAAGUAGGAAAGGUGCUCGAGAACAUACACACUCUCCUGAAGAAGAUGAGGAAGAUCUAUGGUCCGUGUGGGGAGAGCUCAUUCUCAACUGGGAAGUUGAAGUCAAAAAGCGUCCGAAUCACAUCAAGGAGCUUGUUAAAAAAGGAAUACCGCAGCAUUUUCGAAUGAUUGCUUGGCAGAAUCUGUCUAAUGCAUCGGUAUCGAGUGUACACGAUUUGUACAGUGAUUAUAUGAGACAGUCUUCGGUUUAUGAAAAGGUCAUCCAACGCGAUAUUCCACGUACCUAUCCAGAGCUCGACUUCUUCAAAGACGGCGAACGUGGACAAUCUCUUCUCUUCAACGUAAUCAAGGCAUACUCAGUCCAUGACAAAGAAGUGGGCUACUGUCAAGGAUCGGCAUUCAUCGUCGGCCUUCUGCUUCUCCAGAUGCCAGAAGAAGAAGCGUUCGCAGUUCUUGUCAGCCUUAUGGAGAACUACCGUCUCCGAGAACUCUACAAGCCAACAAUGACAGAUUUGGGUCUAUGUAUGUUCCAACUGGAAUGCUUGGUUCAGGAUCAGAUGCCAGAUUUGUAUACGCAUUUCAAUAAUAUGGGAUUCGACACAUCGAUGUACGCCUCCUCAUGGUUUUUGACACUUUUCACAACUACAAUGCCACUGGAUAUUGCAAAUCGAAUAAUGGACUGUUUUUUGGUAGAAGGGAUGGAUUACAUCUUCUGCAUAUCGAUCGCUAUUCUUCAACAAGCCAGAAUUGAGCUGUUACGACUUGAUAUGGAAGGAAUGCUCAAGUAUUUCCAGCGAGAAGUCCGUGAGAGAUAUGAGAACGAUGCGGAUCUAUUGUUCGCCGUCGCCAACCAGGUUCAGUUGAAUGCCAAACGAAUGAAACGACUGGAAAAGGAUUAUAUGGCCAAGAGGACAAAAGAACAGGAGGAAGCCGUCGAGUUGAGGCUGAAACCAAGCGCCGUUCUGUCCUGUUUCGAUUAG